AUGGUUUACGAGCUUGGCGACAACUACGAGUGCGCAGCAAGGCGUCUUAAAGCACAGACAAAGCGCCUCUGGGAAGGAGGUUCGUUGAUUAGGGAAUACGACGCCUGCAUAAGAGACUACAUAGAAAAGGGCUAUGCAGAGCCAGCCAGCAAGGACUGCGGCACGUCGGAAGGUCCGGUGUACUAUAUGCCACAUCAAGCAGUUGUUCGUCGCGAAAGCCAGACGACAAAACUGAGGGUAGUAUUUGAUGCAUCAUCAAGUGCCAAAAAUCGCCUCUCACUGAACAAUGUUUUGGAAAGUGGCCCAAACCUAAACCCAGAGCUCAUUGAUCUGCUGAUCAAUUUCCGCACUUACAACAUUGCCAUUGUUGCGGAUAUUGAAAAGGCCUUUCUCCAAAUAUCACUAUCAGAGAGCGAUCGGAACGCUGUGCAGUUUCUCUGGUACGCUAUGACGCCAAAGAAAGGGGAAGAGCUUCCAACUAUGGUGACCUAUCGCAUGACUCGCGUGCCGUUCGGGGUCACGUCGAGCCCAUUUCUCUUGGCUGCAACGUUGCAACAUCAUCUUGAAGGCCUGCCGGAACGGUAUGCUGAAACUGCAGGUAUUCUGCGCAAGCAUCUUUACGUGGACGACUUUGUAACUGGGGUUGACAGCCUUGACAAGGGUAAAGUCUUGUGCCAGGAGUCCAAAGAUAUAUUGUCUCAAGCAAGGAUGCGGCUACACAAGUGGAUGUCGAACGACCGCGAUCUCGUCAACUUCUUAGAGAAUGGCAAUGUGGAGAGAACGAACGCUGAUGCUGGACAUGCUGCAGCUACAAAGGUAUUGGGAGUAGGUUGGAAUGCUCAGACUGACCACUUUGAAUACAACCUAACUUCACUCAUCGACUUCCUCUCCGCAAGAGCCGACGACAAGAUAUUUGUCCUGCAGGUCUCGGCAAGAAUUUUCGACCCUUUUGGAUUUAUUGCUCCCACAACAUUAUGCGUAAAGGUAAUGUUCCAGAAGUUGUGGGAGUUGGGAAUUGGUUGGGACGAUCCCUUGCCUGAGACAUUGCAGCCUGAGUGGGACUGCUGGUGUAGGGAGCUUCCAUGCAUUGAAGGAGUGUCUAUUCCAAGACUGAUAGCGGCAGACAUUAGUAACGAUGAUACGGAGAAAGUGGUGCAUGUUUUCUGUGACGCAAGCCCGAAGGCCUAUGGUGCUGUCGCAUAUAUCGUGACCAAGUCUCCGUUCGGACUAACAAAUGUCAGCUUGGUCAUGGCUAAAUCAAGAGUGGCCCCUUUGAAACGCCUCUCGCUACCCCGAUUGGAGCUGAUGGGAGCCUUUAUUGGCGCGCGACUAUGCCACUACGUUGCCAAGGCCUUGGAUCUGAAGAACGUUGCUACCAUCCUCUGGACUGACUCUACAGUAGCUAUGUACUGGAUCAAGGGAAACGCUGCCAGAUGGAAGCCCUUCGUGGCAAAUCGAGUCUCAGAGUUACAGGCGCUGACAGAUUCCAGGGAUUGGAGACACUGCCCAGGCUCAGACAACCCCGCUGACCUAAUCACCCGCGGCAUUCUCCCAUCGGCCCUGCGGGAAAGCGAACUGUGGUGGAAAGGACCCCGUUGGCUUCAGGAGGAUGACACGUGUUGGCCAAUGAUAAGUGAGCCGAGCUCGAAGGUUAGGGAGUGCCAAAUGGAAGAGCGAAAGGUGACGGUGAUGCCCAUAGUAUCAUCGUCAUCCAUGGCAAUUUUCAAUGCUGAGAAUUAUAGUUCAUUCAGCAAAGUCGUGCGAGUAACCGCGUGGGUCCGCCGCUUUGUCGACAACUGCCACAAGAAAGAAGGAAGGACGAUCGGCCCAUUACGAGCUGAAGAAGUAAUCAGCGCCGAAAGAUACUGGUUGGCUAAAGCUCAAGAAGAUGCGUUCAGCGACGACAUUUCAAACCUGAAGAAUCAAAGACCGCUGCACAAGAGCUCUCCUGUUUUGCCUUUCAACCCGUACUUCGACAAAGAGGGCCUCAUGCGAGUUGGUGGACGCUUGCAAUUCAGUGAUAACAACGAAGAGACUAAGCAUCCCAUUGUUCUUCCUGGCAAGCACCCCCUCACGUCACUGCUCAUACGGAAGGAACAUUUGAGAAUGCUGCACGCGGGCGUACGCGAUACUCUAGCACAGCUGCGAGAAUCGUAUUGGAUUAUUCGAGGACGUCAGGCCGUAAAGAAAAUUAUCAAGCAGUGCCUCGUCUGUCACAGGCAAAGUUGCCCUCCCGCUACGGAACCAGUAGCACCACUUACAGCUGACAGAGUGACAAAGGGAAACCCGUUCGACAUCGUUGGCAUCAAUUUUGCAGGGCCCUUGAUUUGUCAACAGUCACGCGACAGCAAAAAAUGCUACAUCGCUAUUUUCACCUGA